AUGAUGAAUACAACGUCGGUUUCGACCCCAGAAACCUACUGGGGGCAAUUUGAGGAAAUUUCCAAAUACAACACCCAUCUCAACAUCGUCGAACGGCUCUGGACAGCCUGGUACGCCUGGAUGCAGAAUGAUGUUCUGGCGACAGGCAUCAUGUCCUUCAUGAUGCAUGAACUCGUCUACUUUGGACGCUCGCUGCCAUGGAUUCUCAUAGAUAGCUUGGGAUUCUUUAAAAAUUACAAAAUUCAGGGUAACAAGGUCCCGUCCUUGCGCGAACAGUGGGAUUGUGCCAAGUUCGUGCUUCUUAGUCACUUCACCGUUGAAUUGCCUCAGAUUUGGCUCUUCCAUCCUAUGGCUCAAUUUUUCGGCCUUUCGACCUCCGUCCCAUUCCCCUCAAUUUGGACUAUGGCUUACCAGAUCGCAAUUUUCUUCAUCCUGGAAGACACGUGGCACUAUUUCUCUCAUCGCGCCCUUCAUUGGGGGCCACUCUACAAGGCCAUCCACAAGAUCCACCACCAAUACUCCGCGCCCUUCGGUAUGGCUGCCGAAUAUGCCUCGCCAAUUGAAGUUAUGAUUCUCGGAUUUGGUACCGUAGGCUGCCCCAUUCUGUGGUGUGCCUUGACUGGGGACUUGCAUAUCUUUACCAUGUACAUUUGGAUUGUCUUGCGGCUGUUCCAGGCGAUUGAUGCACACAGCGGCUACGAAUUCCCUUGGAGUCUCCAUCAUUUCCUUCCUUUCUGGGCUGGAGCCGAUCACCACGAUCUCCACCAUGAGAAGUUCGUCGGUAACUACUCGAGCAGCUUCAGAUGGUGGGAUUACAUGCUGGACACCGAAUAUUCUCCAGAGGCGAUCAAGCGCAGAAGGCAAAAUAAAUUCGCUGGGGAUGUGAAAAAAGGUCAAUAA